AAGCAAAGAGCUAGAGAGGCAGUUUGAAGAUCCUUUCUGUUGGCGAAACAGCGGACAGCUUCAAGCCAUGACAAGCACAUGCCGUGCUGGGUUCACUUAUCUUUCCUUCCUUGCUGUUGGCACAUCGUGCGGCUGGUUCGUUGUCAACGGCUUGUACAAUCUUGUUGCCAACGAGCCAAAAAUUGCCAAAGGAGGUCAGCUGAUCGGAGAGAUCAAUCGCAACGGGGCGGUGGCGAGUCUAGUCUUGUGCGCCUUCUUCGGCGGAUAUCCAUUUCUCUUCGGAAAAAUCUCCUAUCGUGUGGAACGCUGGAGCAGCACGUUCCUAAUCCUUCUGAGCUUAGCGAGUUUGCUGUUGCUAUCCGUGGCCUGGCAAGUACCAGCAGUUGUACAGCUGUGCGGUAUAUUUGGCAACAUCGUCGGCAACGGCUCCAUAUUGCUCCUGUUUCCGCUGAUUGCCACCAACUACAGCGGAUGGCUUGUUGCACCCGUCCGAGCCGGAACUGACCUUUCUAGCAUGAUCUCCGCUUUCCUCGCUGAAGCCCAGAGUUCGAAUGGGGUGGAUCAAAGGUAUCCAACGUGGCUUCUCUUUGCCUUCUACACUGGCAUCAGUUCUAUGGGUUUGCUGGCGUGGUGCGUGAUCCUCAAGUACAGAAUAGGUCUCCGAUCCGUUUUGGAUGAUGCACCUGAAAAGGCUCACGAAUCACAAGCCGAUCUCGAGGCUGUCUCAGCAGUUUCCACAGCAGUUCCCUCUGUUUCCAACCAGGAGAGCCUGAAAGAAUACUCUCACAAUGGUGGUUGUUAUCACGGCAAGAUCAGGGAGCUCAUUGGAGAGAGUUUGCAAAGCUUUGCUUGUCCUUGGUCGCUCCUUGCGCCUGUGGUGAUGGCAACUCUGACACAAAUUACUCAGUGGAGUAUUGUUCCAACGAUCGGAGAAAUCGGGGCGGAGAUGUGCGAUGCUGAGUCCUGCUCUGGCAAGUCCGGGCGCUUUGUAUUUCGCAUCUCUCUCACGCUUUCUCAAAUCUUGGUGCCCCUUGGCAGUAUCAUCUCAUCCCUGGUAACAUGUCCAAGCUUCAUUUUCUACAUCCUUUGCUUACUCCAGUACCUGAGCUGUUUCGUCAUUUGUGCCGCCACCGCUGGUGUUUGGCGAAGUCUGUGGACCAGUGAAGCCGGACGAGCCCUCUUCAUUUCCUCAUAUGCACUGUGCGGAAUGUUGGAGGGCUAUGUCAUCACCAUGGCCUACAGAUACAUCGGGGAUGCAGAGUCAAUACCACUUGUGAAAAGACACAGCGCAGGAGCGCUGCUCAGCAUAGCCACUGUGAUUCUUGUGUCUUCCUGUGCCGCCCUUUUGGGUGCAGCUGUCAGUGAUGGACACAUUGCUUGUAUAGAUCCCUAGAAUUCCCUGUCUAAAUUCGUUUGGCCAUCAAAGAGAUGAACCUGCAAAGCUAUGUAAAGCUUUCUCUGGCGUGCUGGCUUCUGUUGAAAAAACUGGCCAACCAACAUUUCUCGGUUUGAUCUGAAUUGUUGACCAGUACCCAGAUUCCCCAUGAAUUCCCCAGAAUCUGGGAUUCAGAUCUUUUCAAAGCGCCUGUUGGGUCAUUCCGGACCCAGCCACUUCCUGUGCUGUGCAUGAGGGCUGGAUGGAGAAAA